AUGCACCUCCCAUCCCACUGUCUCCGCCAAGCAGCACGGCGGUCCAUCCCCCGCCCCUUCUUCCCCACACCAGCUCACCUCCGAUCCUUUACAACAACGCCAAUAAACCUCGCCCGUCGAAAACAGACCGCGGGAGAGCGCCGCGACGAGGACGACGGCGUGAAAGCACUCACGGGCAAUCUCGCCGUCGAUGGCGUGCACCGCUACGAGCUAGACUUCUUGGAGACGGCGGAAUGGGUUAAGGAGCUGUUGGUGAAGAUGAGGGAUGACCAGGGGAUGUUGAAAGACCUAUCGCGCCCCUUCACACCCCCAACUCCGCACCACACCCUGAUAGUCGAAACCCGCGACCGCUUUACCUACGACUUCACGCAACCGGCGCCAGUCGACACCGACGUCAAGCUGCACGUCCCCGUCGCCGGGCUCAACCUUGACGCCCAGCAGCGGCAUAAAUUGCUCCUCCUCGCGGGACAAAACUACGACCCGUACAUUGAUGUUAUCACAUUGAAGAAGGAGACGCCGGUUGAGGGCGUGAAGGAUGCGCUGAGUGAUAGGGAUCAGAAUAGGGUGGAAUUGGCGAGGGCGGUGAGGAGGAUGGUGGAGGAUGCUAAGGACACAACGGACUCCUUCACAGACAUCCCAUUAGACAUGCGGCACCUCAAACCCCGCAACGUCGGCCUCGAGUUUCCCCAGGAAUGGCUCAAGCCACGGCAAAAGAGGAGGGCCGCCACCGCCACCACGAACUGA